GCUCCAUGCAUCAGUUUUUCAUUCAAUGAUGUUGUUACACCACAAGGUGUGUGGUUUUCACCCUCGCAUUUACUUUGAUAUUCUUCUUAAAAAAUGUAUUUAGUUAAAAACGAGAAAUGGUCAAUUUAUUUGAAAAGUUACAUUGCCUAAAAUCGUUGCCUUUGUUUUGAUACAUUUGAAAAGUCAUUGCUGAUUACGACAAACAUCUGUCCAACUUCAUAAGCCCUGUAUAAAAAAGAAAAACACGUUUGGUACAUUGAGCGGGUCAAUUCUAGAACUAAUACAAGCACGUUUGGAACAGGAUAGGAUUAAUACAGUGGAACCACUGGCCACAUUGACAACAAUGAAGGAUGAAGUGGUCUACUCAGCUGAGUUGCAGAGCCUGGACGAUGGGGAUAGCAACGAGUCUUCAGACCACGAAGAAAACGAAAAAAAUGGGGUGGUUCAACAAGAAAAUGCAGAGAGUCGAGUAUCUCUUACUCAGGAACAACUGUCAAAGAAGAAAUGUCACCAUCCUCAGGGCAGAACCUCAUUUCGAAUGUCUGUUUUUAACCUCAGCAAUGCCAUUAUGGGCAGUGGAAUCCUAGGGCUUUCCUAUGCCCUGGCUAACACUGGAAUAAUACUUUUUGUGCUUAUUCUAGUGUCAGUUACAAUACUAGCAUUAUAUUCAAUUCAUCUGCUGCUGCUGUGCUCCAAGAAAACAGAGUGCAUGGUCUAUGAAGACUUGGGUUAUAAGGCUUUUGGGAUGACUGGAAAGUGUGCUGUUUUUGGCUCAACAUUUCUUCAAAACAUUGGAGCAAUAUUAUCCUACAUGUUCAUUGUGAAAAAUGAACUUCCGUUGGUCCUCCAGUUUCUUACGGGGUUCGAUACGAAGGAUGAAUCUUGGUACAUGAAUGGAGACUACCUUGUUAUCAUGGUGACUGUGGCGAUCAUCCUCCCACUCUGUCUUUUAAAGUCGCUUGGUUAUCUCGGAUAUACAAGUGGAUUUUCCCUGGCUUGUAUGGUAUUCUUUUUAAUUGUGAUUAUCUACAAGAAAUUUAAUUUACCCUGCCCUGACCUGGAAUUAAAUUCAACAAUGCAGGCUGCAAAAAUGAUACCAGACAACGAAACAGGAAUGUGUGAACCAGAGUUUGUUGAAUUCAAUACUAAGACUAUCUAUGCUUUACCCACCAUCCUGUUUGCAUACGUGUGUCAUCCAUCGAUUCUUCCAAUCUACAGCGAACUUAAACAACGUACAUCGAAGAAAAUGGAACAUGUAUCAAUAGUUUCAUUCUUGUCCAUGUUUUUCAUGUACAUCCUGACUGCAUUUUUUGGCUAUUUUACAUUUUAUGAUAAAGUCAAUGAGGACCUGCUUCGCACCUAUGAUGCCAGCCAUGAUGUCCUAAUUCUCGUGGUGCGACUCGCCGUUGUCACAGCCGUUAUUCUCACAGUGCCAGUACUUUUCUUUGUUGUCCGCAGAUCUCUUUUGGAGCUGCUCAAGCAAAAAAAGUUCAAGUGGAAGCUUCACAUUAGCGUAACAUUGGUACUUCUGGCAUUCUCUGUCGUUUUGGUUGUCUUCACACCUUCCAUUAAAGACAUAUUUGCUGUGAUAGGUGCAACUUCUGCAAACAUGCUGAUGUUCAUUCUUCCUUCUGCACUGUACUUAAAACUUGAGACUUUGACAACCAAACAAAAGAUCAAGCCUGUUAUCUUCCUGGCAGCUGGAGUACUCUGCACUCUCAUCACUGUACCCUUAGUUAUUAUUGACUGGGUGCAUACAAAGCAGUCAAACAACACCGGCCACUGAUCUCAUUUGAAAACAUCCUCUGUUACUUUAACAAAAAAGGGAAUAAUAUCGAAUAAAAGUGGUUGAAACCAGGACUGAGAAAACCAAGGCUCUUGUUAAUACUUUGAAUCAGGAACACCUUGUUUUUUUGGCAUCACUGAUAUCUCAGGUCACUAGUUAUACUAGCUUCAAUAUACAUUUUUGCUUUGACAAAAAUAUUAGUAAAGUAUCACUGACUGAUCAUUGUUUAAUAAAAAAUGUUGUGAUGGAACAAAAUUCACUUCCUCAACUUUCAAACAGGGAAAAGAAUGCUUAUAUUGUUAAGUUAUAUAAUAGUUUGAUGUCUUUUAUGGAUGUGGUGUAUUUAGUUAUAUUAUUUUAUCGUGUGUUGCUGAUGAGAACCGCACCGUCGCAGUUCCGUCUCUGACUCAGGAAUUACAGCCUCACUGCUCACACGCUGGAUCUGCUGCUACUGAGUUGCGUCGCCAUCUGUUCCGUCUCUGACUCAGGAAUCGCUGGCCGCUCACACGCUGGAACUGCUGCUUAUUGUGUUGUAUUGCUAAUGAGAACCGCACAGGUGCCGUUCCGUCUCUGACUCAGGAAUUGCUGUCUCACUGCUUACACACUGGAUCUACUGAUGAGUCACGUCGCUGCCUGUUCCAUCUCUGAAUCGGGAAUUGCUGGCUGCUCACUCUGCUUACACGCUGGAUCCGCUGCUGCUGAGAUGCGUCGCCGCCUGUUCCGUCUCUCUGAAUCGGGAAUCGCUGGCUGCUCUGCUUCCACACUGGAUCCGCUGCUGCCGCUACUCACCGCUCCGUCUCUGACUCAGGAAACGCUGGAUUCUGGCUUUGUACGCUUGCGUUUAAUGGAAAGCUCUUUGUCUUGUUUGGUUUUCAAAAAUGCUUUGUUCAAAUAGUAAAAGGUACACAAAAUAACAAUCUUCAAUACAGGAAUCAAAAAGAUCCCUGGGUCUGACUCCAGGCACUGAGCUCAGUACAACUUUUCAUUCACAUUUCCCAGGGUUACAUAGCCCUAGUUCUGCCCCUAGUCCCUGUAUCAAAACUCUCCGAUUGGUCAAAAUCCUACAGAGCUUGGCUCCACUCAGUCUGGGCUCACGCUGCGACUAGAUGGUUGUCAAGUGUACUGCAGGGUGUGUGACUAAUGCUUUUGCAUUCUUGCAUUCAAUCUUAUUGUACAUAAUUAUAAGAAACCAGCAUUCAAUUGUGUUCAAGGAUUACAGAUAAUACUGCAUAUAUAUGCCUUUUAAUGCAGUGUUUUACCUGUUAUUGUCAAUAGUGUGCAAGUCCUGCAAUAUAGUAAUAAUAAAACCCAGCUAAUUUGCUUACAAUAUCAGUAUAUAUUUUAUUUGUGACAAACCGGGGUGCACAUGAGUAAUUAUGGCUAAUUAAAGCCAUAGAUAAAAGCAAAGGAAUUCCAGUGAUCUGGGUCUGUGAUAAGGUUAAGGCCUGAGAGGAGACCUGUGGCAAGAGGAAAAAAAAAAGAAGCUAUUGUGAUACUUUAAGAAUAGACUUGUAUGUUUGGUAAUCGAUAAUACAAUAAAGUGCCAGCCAUGGAAAGAUGUGAUGUCAUGGUCAGCCCUGUACAGAUGUAAUGUAAAAGUGACAAAGUUAAAAAGACACGAUUGGGGAAAACUUAGCCCCUCCAUUUUUUUUAGCUGGAGAAAACUGGGGAGGUGCACCAGAGGGACUGCAUGUCUAAUAUUUGAAUAGUCAAGACACAAAAUGUUUUGACAUGUAUAGGUACAAGGUUUUAAUGCAUAAAUAAGAAAAAGGUGCCUUAACUUUUUUGUGUAUUGAAUAUCUAGUAUCUUCUAUAUAUUGUCGCAUUGUGAGUGCCCCACGUUAUAGCAAGAUAUUUUCAAAGAAAAACAUACAAGAGAUACAGAGUUGUGUUCAAAACCACACUUAAAACCACUGAGUGAAAUAUGAAAUAAUCAGGUCAGUGAGGUACAUUGUGAAUUGAAAAAAGAAAAUAGUUUAACCUGAUCAAUGCCUGUAAUUGAUUUAUUUCCAGCAUUUAGAGUGAAUGAUCAGUUUCUUCUUUAUUGCUGAGGUUAAAAUCAAAUUGGAAUCCAUGAUUUCUUGGUUAUAGUCACAUGAACCGUACCGAAAUGUUGGGCAGCUGUCUCUUUUGAGCAUAAAGAUAGACAUAGAUAUAGACAGACAUCUGCAUUUCAGAUCAGAAGUAACUGAUAUAUCAUAAAACACUAAUGUUAAAAAGUACAACAAAAAGCUAAAGGGUUUUUGCUCUGACAUAUUCAGGCUGCAUGGAUGGAAUUGAGCUUACAGUAGGUAUGCAGACUGAUGAUGUUUUUUUUUUUAUCAGUAUAUUAGUCCGAUUUAUAUAUCUCUGAAGAUAAUUCAUCUACAAGGUUGACCUUUUAUUAAUGUUAAUUUACAAUUGAAGCAUGUGGGAGUCGUCCUAACCUAAAUAGGUUGAACAUGUACUGCGAUAGAGAUUCUGUGUUGAUAAAAAUGUUAAAACAAGAUGAAGAAAUACAAAACAGGAAACUAG